GCUGCGGGCGCUUGCAGCCCUGGUUCCUUUUCUAGGUUUCUAUUUUGGUCGUGCGCUGUGUUUUAUUUAUGUUUGCCAUGGGAAAAGAGUGUUGCUAAAAGUGCUUAAUUAGGUGCACCUGGCGGACCAGAAGGGCGCUCCAGCGGUUGACCCCCGAACCCGGAAUCGGCGCUGAGGCAAACGAGUAUUCGAAGCACUUGCGAGCAUAGUUCAGCGGGCAUCGGCCAAAAAAACCGAGAGUCGGGCAAUAAAUGGUGAACAGCGUGCUCCUUUCGCCAUAUAACUAAUGUGUAUGCUAACGAUAAGGGUGAGACUGUCGCGAACGCAACGAGACUAGAGGAAAAUCUACUAUUAGUCAGCGAUCUAUUUCUGCCCAACGAACGCCGGGGAACAGCAGCAGACGGAGCAACAAAUGUUUGUGGAAACGGAACGCAGCUGAAGUUGAAGCAAUCUAGUGCGGAUCCGGAGCAGCCUUGAACAGCCCGACAAUGGAUCAGCCACUGGUGGUGCGGGCGGAGUACUCCUUCAGUGGCAGCAACAACGAUGAGCUGUGCUUCCAGAAGGGCGAUGUGAUCACGGUCACCCAGCGGGAAGACGGCGGCUGGUGGGAGGGAACCCUGAACGAAAAGACUGGCUGGUUCCCCAGCAACUAUGUCAACGAGUGCAAGGUGCAGCUGCCGCUGGCGGAGACCAUUAGGCCGCCGGAGGAGAUCCAGGAGUACCGCUCCGUGGUGCUCAAAGAUCUGCUCGACUCGGAACGAGCCCAUGUGGCCGAGCUGCAGGGCCUGCUGGAGAACUUCUUGGAGCCCAUGCAACAGACGCAGAUACUCAGCCAGGAUGAGUACGCCCAGCUGAUGUGCAACUUUGUGGAGAUCGUGCGAACGCACGAGGAUCUGCUCAUCCAGAUCGAAGAGUGCAACGAUAGAGUUGGUAAACUAUUCCUCACUAGUGCCCCCUUGAUGAAGAAGGUCCACCAGGCCUACUGUGCUGCCCACCCGAAGGCCAUAGUCAUUUUGGACAAGUACAAGGAUGAUCUGGAAAAGUAUAUGGAACGACAGGGCGCUGCCACUCCGGGUUUACUUGUGCUAACUACGGGUCUGUCGAAGCCCUUCCGCCGGCUGGACAAAUACUCCGCCAUGCUGCAGGAGUUGGAGCGCCAUAUGGAGAGUAGUCAUCCGGAUCGAGGCGACACUCAGAGGAGUGUGGCUGUGUACAAGGACAUAGCUGCCACAUGCUCGGCCACCCGUCGCCAAAAGGAGCUGGAGCUGCAGGUGCUCACAGGACCAGUGCGCGGAUGGCAGGGUCAAGAGCUGAGCACCCUUGGGGACAUCAUUCACAUGGGCAGCGUGGCAGUUGGAGCGGAUCAUCGCGAUCGCUACUUUGUGCUUUUCCCGCAAACGUUGCUCUUCCUCAGUGUUAGUCAGCGGAUGAGUGCUUUCAUCUACGAGGGAAAACUACCCCUGACUGGCAUCGUAGUGAACCGUCUGGAAGACACUGAUGCGAUUAAAAACGCCUUUGAGAUAAGUAGUCCCCUGAUCGAUCGCAUUGUGGCCGUCUGCCAGGGACCCAACGAGGCCAACAAAUGGGUGGAGCUGCUCAAUGCCAACAAUCCCAGCCUGCCAAUGGGCAUUAAGCGGCAACUAAGUAACCUGAGCAACUCCUCAUCGGGGCACCUAAAUGCCGCUCAUAUGUCGCCGCCGUCGAACCACAGCCUGCUCCUGCCAACCGGAGGUCGUCCGCCGGCCACGCCCAGCAGCAUCCCGCCCAGCGGCAACAGCGGCGGGAGCAACAGCCACCAGGGAUCGCCGGCCACCAACUCGAUGUCGCAUCACAAACGGAGCCAGUCGUUCAACCACCACCUCAGCUACAAUCAGUACACGCCCACUCAGCCUCCACCACAUCAUCUGCAUCCACCACAACCACCAAGUCUGCCAAGUCAUCUGGGGGCAGCCGGCCCCAGAUCAAGUUCAGUCCAGAUACCAAGCAGCAAGAUAGCAGCUCCAAUCCUGGCGUCGUCCAUGGACGCCAGUCCAGCAAUUCAGGCAGCAGCGGCAGCAGCAGCGGCAAUGGGGGUGCCAAGCGCAAGGAAAGGAAGCACAAAGGCUAACUGGACCAUCAGCUGCCUGCGACCCACGCCGCCGUUGCGGCCCAGUUUGUUAAACGCCACGAGCGGAUCGGGAGGUGGUAGCGGUGGGAGUGGUGGCGGCAGCAGCUCCAGCAACGCCCUGGCCAGCUACUGCAGCGGGAGAAAGAACCAGCCCACCUACGAGGAGGACGCCCUGGUGCUCCGGGUGUUUGAGGCCUAUUGUGCCGCCUACCAGAACAACGCCAGGAACACCAUCCACUCGGCCUUGCAACCCUGGACUCCGUGUCUGCCCAUCCGCGGUGGCAAGCUGAAAACGAGCAAAACCUUCUCGACCUCCAAUCCACAGCUGCCUUUCAUAGCCCAUGUCGGCAACUCACCCUACCUCAAUCAGCAGCACCUGCAGCAGCAACACUCGCAGCAGCCACACCUGCAGCAGCAGCAACAUCCCCAGCAGCAGACAGGUCGUCAACACUCCGCCGGCAGCUUGAACUCCUCCUUUAUUUGGCGCGAGGCGAGUCCCAAUAACUUCAAUCUGUACUCCAGUUCGGUAUCCUCCUCGCUGAAUACGACGCCUGCGCAGAAGUACUCCUUAUCCGGGGCAGGAGGAGGGUCGCCCACCAUCAAGGAUUACCAAAGAGCCCUGUCGGAGGAGAGGGCCACCAGGAAGUCCCUGAAUCGCCUCAAGAGUGGCUUUGGCUCCGGAUACGACAAUGUGUGUACUUCACCGCUGCUACCUCGGAAAAACAAACCGGCACCCAAGUUGGUGGCCCAGCAGACGUACCAGCGACCCCCGGGCAACGCCACCACCACCAUAGUAAAGCCGAAUCCGGCGGGUCACCCAGGACUCUACGAUCGCCGGUUAAACCGAUCCUUCGAGACCUCCACUUCGCAUCGCUACGCCGGCUAUGGAGCCGGCUACCUGAUGAAUUGUGGCGGAGCCCUGCGCACCAGUACGCUCCAGAGGAGCACGCCCCAGCUGGCCGGCGGAGAACGGUCGGACGACAGCGACGUGGAGCGGGAACUGCUGCGGACCAAUGGGGCAGGUCCCCCGGCGAAUUUGGAACUCAAUGCCGAUGGCAGCAAACGGCAGUCGGGCAGCUGGUGUUGCGGUCUUGAAAACGAAGAUAUGACCCCCACGUUGCGCCAACUGUGGACCGCCAUCCGCCAGAUGCAGCAGGACAUGUCCCAGAUAAAGCUUCAGAUCAACGAGGAGCGAGCCCUGCGAGCCGAUCUCCAGCAGCUGCUGAUGCAGCACUUGGAGACGAGCAGCGUGAGCAGCGGGGCCAACACGCCCAAGUGUUGACUAUGCAAGUGACCGGGUUCUGGAGCGGAUUCCCCAGUCCCACUACGUCGAAACUAUACCCGCCGCUGCUUUUAGCUUUAAUCCUUUUUUUUUAGAUACUUUUACUUUGCAUCUCCCGGGGCGCAGUGGGUCAAUUACCAAAAAAUUAUCUACAAAUGGACUUUAGGAAUCGUAUAUGGAUUGUAUUUACCGAAGUACUAUUAUAUGUGAAUGUAUAUUUGUGAAUGGACAAUAUGCCGAUUGUGUGUAAAAUUAUUUAACAGAUACUUCUAUCUUUCGUGUCUUCGUUUUUAUAUGAGCUCUAUCAGGUGCGCUUGUAAAAUCUUUGGAAAUUUAAAAGCAAUAAUUUGUUACGCAGUUUUGGGGAAUUACCCAUAAUAAUAAUUCUAUCUCAAAACUUGAUAUAAGAAUUUACAAAAACCAUUUACAAAAGAUUGUUGCUUUUGAGUUUCCGAAGACUUCCUCAAGACAUCCGCUUGUAACCCAUAAAUAAUUACUUCUAAUGCCUACAUUUAACCUUCAUUGUAAUAGUUUAGCAUAACAUGCACUCUGUAUGGGCAUAGAUUUUACACACCUUAGUUUAUAACUUAUCUUAUGACGUUGCCGCCAUGCAACUCAUAAAAGCUGCUUGUGUAAGUUAUCAGAAUAGGUAGUCCCAGUUUUGACCUUUGUUUGGAUAUAAAUUUUAAAUGGAUAAUGAAAAAUUUGAAAAAUGUGCCAAUACCUUAGUAAGCUGCAACAACGUACGAAACAUCGCUCAAAACAGUUGUAUUUACGUAUUAUACCUAGAACAUUUAUUGGAUAAUAUAUACACAAAAUGUAGAUGAAUUGGGGUUUUCAUUGAGUUAUUACACUCUCGAGUAGCAGCACCUGGAGAUUGCAAUCGGAAGGCACAUAGGCAGAACAGAAACCACUCCGCAUCUCAAGAAUGCCUAACGAUUUAACGAGUCUGAAACAAUGUAUAACCGCUAUCGCUUGUCUGACAAUUUUGCUGAAUAAUUCGGAGUGCCAGGGGAUUUUUCUGCUCUGCUUCGUGCAACUGGAAAGAGGAAACCCAUGUCGGACUGCAGGGGAGCAUAAUGAGAUUGCAAUCAGUCAGCGGGAGAGGCGGAGGCAGUGCCGGCGGCGGCGGCAGAUGGCGACAAAUGAGCAACAAACCACGUCAAGACCGAGCGACAUUGUUGGCAAAACAAUUUCAGUGUGUCAGUAAGGAUUUGAGAACAAUGCCGGCUGGCUUGGGCUUUGGCUUGCCGGCUAGCUGGCUGGCUGGCUGCUUGGCUGACUUGGCCGGAAUGUGUCACUUCCACUUCCUGGCCGCUUCGGGGCCGUGGAACCUGGGUGCGAACUAAUUUUGGACUUGCGGAUGCGAAGGCUUGCGGAAGUUUUCGCUUGCAAGCUGCAGCAACAAGACCACUCCUCCCCAGCUUGUUGGCCAAAAUUUAUUGCAGCUGCUUAACUAAACUGUUAGAUAUUGUGGCACCUCGGCCCUGCGGCUCCUCGCCAGCUUUAAUGACAAUCAUUAGUGCUCUGCUCCAUGCCUGGCCUGCCUCUCAUAUUUUCCAGCUAUUAAAUUAUUAAUAAUUAGCAA